AUGCAUAUCACCACCAAGACCAUUCGCUAUGUUAGCCACUCAAGAUCAUUUGGUUAUGGUACAGUGUAUUCUUCCACUGGAAUUGGCAAUAUCCUGCGCACAGUAGAUGGCGAAGCCCAUGUGCGUUUCAGCGGUUACAUCUUCCAACAGGUUAAGGGCAUCCCUAUGGGAAGUAACGCAAGCUCCGAUACUGCUGAUCUCACCCUUUCCGUACUUGAAUUUAAGUUCAGCAGGAUCCCCAGUAAUCCCCCACUUCUUCUUUGUCGAUAUGUGGACGAUCUGCUUGUGCUUAAUUAUCCAGAUUCUCGUUCACUUCUUCUGUAUUUGUAUGGUCAGUAUCUGGACAUUGAAAUCACUGGUUCUGGCAAUUCCGUUGAUUACUUGGAUAUAACCUUUUCUUUAGAUAAAGCCCGCAUAGGACCCACACUUUGUUGUAAAUGUGACCAAUUCACUUUCCCGAUCAACAAGUAUUCUUCACUUCAUAGCAGUGUGUACCAAUCGGUCUAUGAUGGCACGAUUUAUAGUCAACUAAUACGAUACUCGCGCACUGAGUCCCUCUCUCAAGGAUUCAUAUUCUCGGCACAUCGCCUGCUUCUUUACUAUUCCGCUAAAGGCUUCCCUCCCGAUCGUCUUCAUCGGCUAGUCGGUGCCUUCAUACACAAAAAUAGGCCACAUCUCGCCAAAUAUUUUCCUUCUACUGCUGCGUGA